CCAAAAAGUUUUCCCACCUCUAGUUUUUAAUAUUCUAAUUUUUGUUUUUCAGUUAACACAGCUCUCUAAGUUAUUAAUUAUUGCACUUUAUCUAAGGCUUAUGCACUAGCUUGAGUUAAAAAUGUGACGGCAUUUCCAUUAAAUAUACACCUGUUUUUUUUCGAUCCACAUGCAAUUGCGAUUACUUGGGCGAAGCGCGCCAAAAAUUUAUUUUUGCUAACUUAUUAAUUUAUCAUCAAUUUCUAAUAUAGAAGGCGGACAGAUGAAUGCACAAAGCUAUUUUCCAAAUUAUUAUGCUGUUGAAGAUAUCUUUGUAACUCAAGAAAGAGUAGAAUGUAAAGUUAACACGAAACUUCUGAAAAUGGGUUUCCUAGAUCCGGGUGCUGAGUCGGAUGAUUUAAAUACUGGACGCACAGUGAAUUUGCCAUUGUGGUACAUAAAGGAACUAAAGGUUAGCAAUCCAUAUUUUACAGUAAAUGUCCCGGAUAUCUACAAAAAUGUACAUAAAGCGAUAUGUGAAGCAGAAACUACACACAUUGAGCUGGGCAGGUUACAUCCUUAUUUUUAUGAGUAUGGACGAUAUUUGACACCUUAUGAUCGCAAUCAUAUCGUCGGCCGAAUUGUGUUUGAAACAAUGAGACAACGUGUAAGACAUUUGCUCGACAUAUCAAAGAGUACCUCUGAGGAUGGAAAACCAGAGCAUCGUUUGGACGACAUAGAACAGAAAUUAUAUGAAUCUGGUGUGAAAACAAAUACACUGUUCACAAACUGGUUGCAAAUGAAAUCUCAUAAAAUUAGUGUCAGUGAAUUGGUGCAUGAGCAUAGCAAAAAACGUAAGAGAGAUCAACUGGAUUAUGGGGGAGAGAAUACCUCACCGGACCAAACGAGAAAACGCCCAACUAUGUAAUAAUGACCAUAUAUAAGUGCUUAAAAAGCUUAAUUUAUUGCCACAUGAAACUAAA